UUUGGAGCUCAAAAAAAAUCUCAGAAUCACUUUUCGAAAAGCUUUUCUAUAUCUUGAAUUUCAUCUCACCAAAAACAUUUAGAAACACUAUGGAGGUUUGCCGCGUCCCGAGGCAAUUGCCGCCGAUAAAUCUCCGAUUCAACCAAUCGUCGUCGUUUCGCCGAUCAACAGUGAGAUGCAAUCUCUCCCCAAACGCCGAUAACUCGUCGGAAUCUCCAAUUGACGAUCAGAUGUUCAUCCUCGGAAUGGGUUUCGUUGGAAAAUUCUUUGCUGCCGAUUUAAAAGCCAAAGGCUGGGCGGUGAGUGGGAGCUGUACAACCGCCGCCAAGAAGGAAAAACUCGAAGAAUUGGGGUAUCAAGCUUAUCUCUUCGAUGCAAAUCACCCACAACCUGAAAUACUAGAGAUUGUGAAAAAUCAUACUCAUCUUGUUAUCUCCAUCCCCACUGUUAAGGGUCUCGUCGGCGAUCCGAUGCUUCGUCAUAAAAGACUAGUCGAAAGUGUAUUGAAGGAUGGGAAACUCCGGUGGCUCGUUUACUUGUCGUCAACUAGUGUAUACGGAGAUUGUGGUGGUGCAUGGGUAGACGAAGAUUAUCCAGUAAAUCCAACAAAUGAAGUCGCUAGAGCAAGAUUAGCUGCAGAGCAAGAAUGGUUAUCCUUGGGCAAUAAUCUCGGUAUUGCAGCACAAGUAUUUCGUCUAGGUGGCAUAUACGGCCCCGGUAGAAGUGCAGUUGAUACCAUACUUAAGCAGGAGGCUCUCUCGAAAGGUCAAAGAAGAAGACUGUCGAAAAGUUAUACGUCUCGUAUUCAUGUUGCUGACAUAUGCCAAUCACUAAAUGCUAGUAUUUCAAAUCCAUCUUCUGGGAAUAUAUACAAUGUAGUGGAUGACGAUCCUGCCCCACGGGAGGAAGUAUUUGAGUUAGCUCAGAAGCUGGUCGAACAAAAAUUUCCAAGCCACUUAAAACAAAAUACAUCGCCUGAAAAAUCAGAAAUGCUACCGCCAGAGAAAUCUUCGAGAGGAGAAAAACGAGUCUCGAAUGCUCGUCUGAAGAAAGAUCUCGGUGUGAAGUUGCUUCAUCCUAGUUAUAAGUCUGGAUUGCAAAGCAUCAUUGAGCAUAUUCACAUUUCUGGAUAAAAACAUAUUUUAGGAUUAUUGUUUUUCUUUUUUCUCUUUGCUUUUUUUCUUCUCCGGAACAGCUUCGUAUUCGUUGUUUUUUUUUCGCCUCACAAUAGUUGUUAAUUGGAACGAAAUUAAAUUCAAUCGUGUGGAUCCAUUUUGAAAUUAAAUUCAGUCGUCUUGAUAUAAUAUACCUGUGGGUCCAUUUUGAUGAAUUCA